CUAUUAUGUAGUUAACGGUAACUAUCGUGUAUUGAAUUUUAACAUUUGCACUUAUACCUUAAUAUUUCAUGCAUGUUGCAUUUGAAUUAUUCAUUCUACUUUCAUAAUAUCAGACAAAAAUGUAUGCGACUGUUUUCUUUCACAUCAUUGCAGCUAUAUAUAUUACUCCAAUUUACAGGAUCAAUGGGAGUUCUUCAUCAGAAGCAGAUACAUGCGAUAAGAGUGAUAUUAGAAAACAAGCCAAGGAAAUAGCAGAAACUGAGAUAGCUCCUUAUUCAAAGUGGGACAGCCUACUGACAUCAGCACCUACAUCUAUUGCUUUAAUUGGUCAUUUAAUGCUGAUAGCGACCGAAAGUGAUUUUACAUUACUUGAAAAUGCUCCGAAAGACGGUUUUAAAUAUUUGAAAUAUCCAAGUUCCUUCAGGGCUUCAUUGGUUCAGUUGAGUAAUAUGGGAUGGGAUGCGUUUAAUGACGCACAUAUGAAUAUGGAUAGCAUAAGGUUACUCACUACCAACCUUGAUAGUCAUGUUAAGACAUUAUUUGAAAUAAUGAAAGAUGGCACGAAUGACGAAUUGGAAUUACUUGUUCCAAUGACACUGAAGAAAAUAGAAAAAAUCGCAGAUGAAUGUUUGGAACUUUCUGUAAAUACCGAAAGCAGUUUUGAUUUAUUCAUGAAAACAAUCAGCGAACUGAAUGAAGCAAGCACUAUUGCUAAAGGAGUAUAUGAAGAAAAAUAUAAAGAUACCGAAACUGCUAUCAAAUCUAGUGAAAUAGAGCAGGAAAGCUCAAUAUCAGAAAGGGAAACCAUGAAACAACAGAUAGAGGAUCUGAAAAAAGAAAUAAAAGACAUGCAGAAUGAUUUUGAGGAAACCUUGGAUGAAAUGCCAUCUAGUACUAAAUUGCUCGGAUUAUCUCUCGUUGACGGAUUUAUGGGUGUAGCUAAAACAAUUUUUCGUGGUCAUUGGGAUGAAAUGUUUGAGGAAAUUCAAACGACAAGAGAAGAAGCCGAAACGCCAGAAGAUCGAGCAAACAAACGGGCCUACAGAUUUGCUGGGGAAAUAAAUAGACAUGUGCAAACAUUAGUGGAUGUCGCGACAUCUCGACUUGGAAUAGGGGACAAAACACCCAACUGGAACGAAAUUGAUUCAGUGCGCUCUGCAAAAGAAAGUCUUAAAUUAAAUCUAAGGAACAUAAAUAGAGAUCAAAUGCAAUCUGAGGUUCAUAUGAGAGCCAUACAAAUUUGUGAAGAUUCAAUACGGUUGUGCGAACGACUUAUAGCAUUACAAAAAGACUUGAAACUUAAUGACGACAGAAUAAAAACAUUAAUCAUGGCAGUAGAAGAUGCAUUAAGUAUGUCAGAACGAUUUGUUACAGAGGCAGAUACUUUUUUGCAUAGUAGAGGUCCUCGUAUGAGUUGGCACAAAUCAAUGUUUAGUUCUAGUUUAGUGCAUAACGAGUUAAUAAAAGCUCAUAUUAAAGUCGAUUCUGCACAGGAAGUGUUGCAAGGUUCAAGAAAAAAGCAGGAGGAAAUGUUUCAAAAUCUUCGAAGAAAUAAUGCCCGAAUGGAAGAUACCCUUAAGGAUUUAGCUAAAUUUAAGGUUGAAAAGGUUGACUUUGAAGAAAUCAGAAAAACUUUAAUAAAAGGUAUUGAAGCCAUACAAAAUGUUCGUGAAGAAUGGGGAAGAGUUGUGAGAUUUUUUAAAACGAUAUCAAAAAUGAUAAAAAUGAAUUUUUAUGUCAAUGUGAAUACCUUGAUAGAACAUUCAAACAUAGGAACAAAACUGAAAUUGAAGAACAAUGAUUUGCCGGCUGUAACGCGUAAACUUGUUUCUGAAAGUAUGUUAAAAGUGAGUGCAUUAUCGUAUGCAGUUCACGAAAUAGCAUCAACCUACGUAGAAAUAUCGGAAAAGCAUUUACUAGAUCAGAUGAACGCUUUGGGUGGACUGGCUGCUUUAGAUCCCAAGACCGAACAAACGAAAAUCAAUGAGAAGAGAGAAGAGCUGAAUGAAAAUUGCCAAAAUGCCUUAAACGAAAUAAGCAAAAUCGUAAUGAAAAAAAGACAGGAACGUCUAGCAAAAGUUGAGAGAAAACUAAAUGAACUAACACAUGUUAAAACUAAUUUGAAAAGUGACGAUGACACUUACUGCUAGUUUGUAUGUUUAGCAAUCGUUUUAAAUUCACUUCGUCUAGAAGACUUUACAUUUGCAUCGAAUAUACAAAAUUGAUAUUUUCAUCAUUGUUGCAGAAAUGUUAGACUGCUAUAAAAAAAAAACUUGUAAAUGGUCGAUCUUAAAAUAAACAGGAAUUUCAGUGUG